AUGACAAUCUCAAGCCAGGACAAGCCGCCUCAAGCCACGACAACCCACCUCAAGCCACGAGAACCCACCUCAAGCCAGGACAACCCACCUCAAGCCAGGACAAGCCACCUCAAGCCAGAACAACCCACCUCAAGCCACGACAACCCACCUCAAGCCAGGACAACCUACCUCAAGCCAGAACAACCCACCUCAAGCCACGAGAACCCACCUCAAGCCAGGACAACCCACCUCAAGCCAGGACAAGCCACCUCAAGCCAGAACAACCCACCUCAAGCCACGACAACCCACCUCAAGCCAGGACAACCCACCUCAAGCCACGACAACCAACCUCAAGCCAGGACAACCCACCUCAAGCCAGAACAACCCACCUCAAGCCACGAGAACCCACCUCAAGCCAGGACAACCCACCUCAAGCCAGGACAAGCCACCUCAAGCCAGAACAACCCACCUCAAGCCACGACAACCCACCUCAAGCCAGGACAACCCACCUCAAGCCAGGACAACCAACCUCAACCACGACAACCCACCUCAAGCCAGGACAACCCACCUCAAGCCACGACAAGCCACCUCAAGCCACGACAACCCACCUCAAGCCACGAGAACCCACCUCAAGCCAGGACAAGCCACCUCAAGCCAGGACAAGCCACCUCAAGCCAGAACAACCCACCUCAAGCCACGACAAGCCACCUCAAGCCAGGACAACCCACCUCAAGCCAGGACAACCAACCUCAAGCCACGACAAGCCACCUUAAGCCAGGACAAGCCACCUCAAGCCAGGACAAGCCACCUCAAGCCAGAACAACCCACCUCAAGCCAGGACAACCCACCUCAAGCCAGGACAACCCACCUCAAGCCAGGACAACCCACCUCAAGCCAGGACAACCCACCUCAAGCCAGGACAACCCACCUCAAGCCAGGACAACCCACCUCAAGCCAGGACAACCCACCUCAAGCCAGGACAACCCACCUCAAGCCAGGACAACCCACCGCAAGCCAGAACAACCCAUCUCAAGCCACGACAACCCACCUCAAGCUACGACAACCCACCUCAAGCCACGACAACCCACCUCAAGCCAGGACAACCCACCUCAAGCCAGGACAACCCACCUCAAGCCAGAACAACCCAUCUCAAGCCACGACAACCCACCUCAAGCCAGGACAACCCACCUCAAGCCAGGACAACCCACCUUAAGCCACGACAAGCCACCUCAAGCCAGGACAACCCACCUCAAGCCAGGACAACCCACCUCAAGCCAGGACAACCCACCUCAAGCCACGACAACCCACCUCAAGCCAGGACAACCCACCUCCAGCCAGGACAACCCACCUCAAGCCACGACAACCCACCUCAAGCCAGGACAACCCACCUCAAGCCAGAACAACCCACCUCAAGCCAGGACAAGCCACCUCAAGCCAGAACAACCCACCUCAAGCCAGGACAACCCACCUCAAGCCAGGACAACCCACCUCAAGCCAGGACAACCCACCUCAAGCUACCUCAAGAGUUACGUAAUCAAAUUCCAACUCACAGAAAGGCGUUGUCUCGCGCCUCCCUCGUCGCCACAAGGAAGUUUUAAUCAAGGUUUGGACAAGGACGAUGGGACGUGGGGUGUUGUAAUGGGAAAGUGGACAGUGAUUAAUGACACUGAAAAAAACAGGAUUAAGAAAGAUGAUGAGGAUGAGGAUGUUAAUGACCCUGGCGAGGAGGUUGAAAGCCACAGUGACACGAGAAUCCAGAUUCGCUUCCCAGCCGGAAUCACAAAGUUUCAUCGCCGACUAAUCGUGUGGGACCGAAGGACCGAGAGACUGAGGGACCGAAGGACCGAGAGACCAAGUGACCGGGAGACCGAGGGAGCGACAGACCGAGUGACCGAGAGACAGAGAGCCCGAGUGACUGAGAGGUCGAAGGACCGAGAGACCAAGUGA